AUGGGGAAUGAAGCAAAUAGACAACAAUCAGACAAAAGACUAGAAAACAGUGGAAGGCCACCAAUUGGUCUUCAAAACAACUCUUUGAAAAGUGUAGCAUCUACAAAAUUUUCAUCACUGAAUCCAGAAAACACAACUGUAGUUUAUACGCCAUGCCCACUUGCAGAGGAAAAACGAUCUCCGACCAAGAAAAGAUCGAGGGAAUGUUUGACUCCAGUGAAGUCGGGAUACACACCUCAUGGAAAGAAACAAUUGCCAGCAUCAUGUCAAACUCCAAAAGGAAGAAGGAAGAAAUUAAAUUUCAACAAAACUCCACGUCAGACCCCUAAAUCUACUACAAAAUCUCCUGUCAGUCCAGGUCCAAAAGUGAAGGUACAUCUGGGAUUUAAAGGAAGUUCAAGACAAACUACAUUGAAAGGUUCAAGUAAACUGGCUUGCAGAGCAAUUGUGCUGAAGCAGUACAAAACAGCAAUUAACCAUUUACUCCAGAUUGAGGAUUUGAAGAAGGACAUUUUUCAAAUAACCAAAAAAAAGAUGAGCCAGGAGCUGCAACAAAUAUGUCAAGCAAAGGAUAGCGUGUUAAGAACAAAGAAUCUAGAGAAAUUUUCAUGGAAGAAAGCUUACGAUGAACUGAAACAAACAUGUCCAUUGGUAACAGAGUUGAUGUUGUUGAUUGCUGGAAAUAAGAAUAAACAUAUACCAAGAAUUGUUUCCAGCAUAGCCAUAUUGCUUUUCAACAGAAACUCACAGAUGGGUGCAAUACAAGCUAUUAAUAGUAUUCUGAUGUUCAGAGGUCACAUUCGCACCAAGGUUUACACUACAUUUAACCGUGCAGGUUUGAGCAGCUCAUACAAAUCAUCCAUCAGACAUGUAGACCAGAUAUGCCAAAACUUUGACCAACCGGUUCGGAAUUGGGCUAAUAGAGUAGCCAGUCAUUACACCAAGAAAUUAAGAGAAAGUGAUCAUUUAGAUGAACAUAACUAUGCAUUGUCAUCAGUGGAAGAACUCACUUCAUGUAAUACUACAUUGCCAGUGUUGGAAACACCAGCAAAAGGACAUACAGGUACCAAUCCAGUCAAAUUAUUCUGUGAGUCACCAUUUGAAUGUUCAACUCCCGAAAGUGAAUCACCUACAUACAUGUAUACAGCAGUACCAGUUUCACCCCUAUCAGAGACACCUAGGACUUCACAUUCAUCUAAUGAUCUAGAUACACCUGAUCUUACAUCAGCAGAAGUCUUUACAGAGUCUCCUUACACCACCAUUAUGGCGACAGAAACAGAUGAAAUAUCUUCCUUCCAAAUCGUUAUGGACAACUUAAACAUGAUGACUAAAGCUAGACACAAAACAGAAGACACGUCUAACAAAAUGCAUAAUCUUGUCCAUGCUUUAGCUGUUCAAGACAGAGUUUCGGCAGAUGACCUGGAGGACUGUGUACCUCAGGCUGAUAUACUAACUAUACCAAAUGAAGCUUUCCUACCCAGCAAAGAAGACUUCACUCAACUGAACCAGGAGUACAACAUUUUAAUUCAAAGGGUUCUUGUUGAGAACAUAAUACAGUUGAAAGAAUGCAAGGAAUUUGUAAUUUAUCAUAUACCACAUCAAUUUUCAAAAGAAUCCAGGAAAAAAAGUUGUGUGAUACCACUUGGCAUUUUGGAGAAAGAUGAAAAUAAAACGGAAGAAAUGAUAGAAAUUAUAGAACAUCUACAACAGUAUACACCUAAAGCACACGAUAAGAUGAUGUCACUUUUGAUGGGAGGGGAUGGACUCUCGGUUGAAAGAGGAGAAGGAGCACAGAGAGCCAGAGCUGAUGGGAUUUCACAAGAAGAUCGCCUAGAAGGUUUUAUUUGGAAAAGCGAAGACUGGCAUGCCCAUGUCAUAUCAUUGCAGGACACAUUCAACCAGCUGUUUAAAGGAACUUCCUCACCAGAAAAGGGAACAUUAUUUCAGUUACGAAACCUUUUUGAACAUAGAGGUGUUAAGUCUGAGGUAAAAGAUGCUGUAAAUAGUUGUCGGGACUUCCUGCGUUUUGUGACACAAGGAUAUGUCAUCCUUGCUGCUCUAAAUGUGCUAAAUAUGCACUCAGUGAAUGAAAUUGAAGAGAGCCUAAGUACUAAAACAAAGGAAGAGAAGAAGACUUUUAUGGAAAAUUUAUCAAAAAGUAUAGUUUCCAAAUUCCUUCAAACAGAGACACCAUCUUUAAAGCAGAAAGGACCUGGAAAUAAAAUUAAUCAGGAGAAUCGAGUACCAUGUGGCUUUCCAGGGUGCCAAAAGACAUUUUUUAGGGACAGAAAAUGUAGACUAAACCAUCGUGCCAUCUGCCCAUAUAGACAUCUCACAUAUUUGAGUGUACCUGAUCAUGCUGAUAGAGAGACAGACUUAGACCAACAGUCUACUUUAAACCAGUCAGAGGAACAGCAGGAAAAACCAGAUUACAAAUUCAAUUAUUCCUGUUGUCUGCUAAGAGAAGGUCUCCAAGACUGGAUUAGAGAAGAUUCUUCAAAGGAGAACGAUGGGGACAGGCUAGUGAGAAUGUGGAGGUUUGACUUUCUUAGAUUUUCACUGAAUAAUCACACCAAAUAUCGCCUUUUAGCCUUUCGUUUACAAGCGCAGUUAAUGGCACUUUUACCGCCAAAAUUAGCACAUCAGCUAAGACACAACAGAUGCAUAAACAUUCAUGGAGUUGAGGGAUGUAAUGUUCCAGCCGACCAAGCACUUGAGUUUCUAAACAUGAGAGCAAAGGAUGCAUUGAAUUCACUGCAUGGCAAUAUGUCCUCAGCCUCCAUUCAGAGAUGUGGAAGAAGUCUACAAGGGUGCAACGACAUUAUAGACUCCUAUACCAGAGGCCUUAAUCAGUAUUUUGGCAAACCAACAAAUUCAAAACCAUCAAUGAAAAAGGACAUUUCAAAGUUAGUUGAACACUUGGGUUCUGAAAAUUUAUUUUCCACCAUUCCUGGUCGACAUCACAGGUCAUUUGCAACAAUAAAAAGUGAUCCUUUAGAAAAAUUAGAUGGAGUUAAACUUAACCAGUGGCUAACAGAGAAGAGGGAAAGUUUUGCCAAAACUCAGAGGUUAAGAUCAUACUUUGUACAUUAAGAGUAAACCAAUUGUGAAGGUUGAAAAUUUAUAAAUAUAUUUUUGUCUUUCAAGAUAAAUGUUUUUUAUGCUCUCUUUAUACAGGAAAUCCUUUUUUAAUCCACCAAAAGCUUAUAUACAUGCAUUUUUAUAAAAUGUUUGUUGGCAAAAUAACCUCAUUUGUUGUUGUGAUAAUUUUAGUGCAAUACAUGUAUAUAUUUAUAGUAGUCAUCAAAUGUGUACAUUUCAUAUGUAUACUCUAGUGCAAUAUGUUUAUCUUUGAAACCCAUUUGUCAUAUUUUUAUCAUGUUUAUAGUGCAAUAUUUAGUGCAAUAGAAAACUCUAAAAGAGUUUUUUUUGUUGAUGUGUAUUCAUAUAUAUCAUGUUAAUUCAAACAUUUGUUCUAGUACAAAUGUAUAAGGCAGUGUCUGAUAAUUUUAGUGCAAUAGCAAAUGCUCAAAUUUAACUUAUUUUUUAUUACAAUGACGAACAUGCAUAUAUAUCAGUUGCUGUCUAGUGUAAUAUGGGUCAUAUGUAAAUAACUGCUUUUGUAUGAGUAUGAAGUCAGUUUUUGUGAUUAAUAAGUGCAAUAUGUUGAGUAAUCGGUAUAAUACCAAAAACAUUCAAUAGCAGCUUUGUUGAUGUUUGAAUUGAGUUCAAUGUGUGCAUGUAAAUAAUUCAUUUUGUUCAACUGAAAUGUAUGCAGAGGCUAGGGUACCUGGUAUUUUUAGAGCAUCUUUUUACAUGUCAUUAGUAUGCCACAAUUUUAAGUGUUAAUUUAUAUAUACCAUGUGAGGUUUUGUGCAAGUUUUGUUGACAUAUUUAAAGUACACAUAUGGUACGCAAGUUUAUUUUCAUUACUGAUUGUAGUUAUAGUGCUUUCUGUGUCUAUGUCAUGUAUGUGUGUACAAAAUGUACUUAUCAGUAAUUAAGAACUAUGUUUUAAUAGUGCGUGUGUCAUGUAAAUAACUAAAGUGUGGUAGAAUUAAAUGUGGAUGAAAUCUGUUAAUUUUCUUCCUCAAUCAUGUUAAUUAUGAUUGCACCAUGUGCACCAAUAAUAAGAAAUUGAGUAAAUUGUAGUCUUGUUGAUGUAAA